AUGUUGGCUCGAGAGUUGGAACAACAGGCCACCGAGGGGGAAACGUUGGGUCCAGAGUUAAUACAACAAACAGCUGAUGGUGUUAGGUUGAUUAGGGAACGAUUGAAAAUUGUGCAGAGCCGACAAAAGAGUUAUGCGAAUAAAAGGAGACGUGAUCUAGAGAUUGCGGUUGGCGACUUUGUAUUUAUUCGUGUUUCACCUUGGAAAGGGGUUAUUCAUUUUCAAAAGAAAGGGAAAUUGGCACCAAGAUACAUUGGUCCUUAUGAAAUUGUCGGAAGAGUUGGCGUUACAGCUUAUUGUUUGGCAUUACCGGUUGAGUCGGCUCGGUUGCACAUGUUUCAUGUCUCUAUGCUUCAGAAAUUCAUGGGAGACCCAUCACUUAUUAUGGGUUCGAAACCGUUGGAACUUUCUGAGGAUUUGUCCUACGAGGAGACACUGGUUGAGAUUCUUGAUCGAAAGGAGAAGGUUUUAUGUUCUAAGGUGAUACCCUAUGUGAAAGUGUUGUGGCAGAAUCACAAAGUUGAGGAGGCCACGUGGGAGGGCGAGGAGUUGAUGAAACAAAGUAUCCGCAUUUGUUUUAGUCAGAUGAUGGAAGUUUGA